AUGUCGCAAGAAUUGGAGAGAAGAAAUUUAGUAUCAUAUAGAGACGAAGAAUACGAGAUGGAAAGGGAGAAUGUACCAUCUUCCGUAAGCUCAUCAUUUGUAAAUGAAAUGACAUCACUCGACUUAUUAUCACAAGAGAGCGAUGCUUUGCCGAUUUCAGAUAAUGAGGAAAAGGUCCAAGAAGUAAACGCCAAACCAGUUGACGGUGUUCCUAUCGUUGGCGGACCUCCGUCAACUGCGUCAAAGUUUUCCAUUUUAUCUUUAAAACCACAAAACAUUCAUAAAAAUAAAAAGGCAGUUUAUGAAAUUGUGAUACCAAAUAGCAGUGUUAAGUCGGGUGGUAAAACAAAGAAGCAACAUAAAUCGCAUGAAAAUAUGAAAAAAUUUGCGUCAAAAUCGCAAUUAAAAUCAUCGCAAUCAAAGAACUUAACUAAAUCAAAGAGAAAGAAAAUUAUAGAUGUUGGCACUGAACAAUCAAUUAGAUUGCCAAAAUCUAACAAAGGAAUAUUUUCAAAUUUGCGAAUUUUAUUUAUAUCGAAUAAUAUUGAUAAACUUCGCCUGAACUUAAUGAAAUCAAAAGUUUUAGAUAAAGGAGGGAUCAUAGAAGAAAAUUUUGAAUUCGAUGGUAAUCUUACGCAUAUUAUAACAGAAUUAAGUGGGAAACAAUUGAUAGCGAUGUUUGGCGUUCGAAAAUUAAAAAGGUUUGAGAAUGUCAAAAUAGUUAGGCCGAAUUGGAUUUCCGAGUCAAUUAUGUACGGAAAACUCAUGUAUGUUGAAUCCUACGCCGUAUCACUGACGGAAGAAUCCAUUGACAGCUCAAAUAUCGCAGGUUCACAAUCAUCUCAAAAUUUGAAGAGAUCUAAUAACGAGCAAAAAGACGGAGAACAAGAAGGAAGCAAUAGCUACGAAGUAUUAGACAAGAAAAGGCAACGGUUACAAAAGUUCUCACCUUCCCCAACGGAUGUUAUGAAGGAUGAUGAUUCAUUAUUAGAAUCAGACAUAAACAACGAUAUGAAUUAUACAAGCUCUGUCAACAAUGAUAUAAUUGUUAAUAAUGAUCCAUUAUUAGAAAUGAUUGUUGAAGCAAAGAAGCUUACAGAAUCGGGACUUUAUCUUGAUGAAGGAGGAGAAAAUGAGAAUGAAAGUAUGCAAGACGAAAUUACAACUUCUGAUUCAAAUGAUGAAUUGAAAGUCGAAAUUUUCAGUGGGGAAAUAACAACAGAUGUAACAAAUUCUGACGAACUUGAAAACCCCGUUGAUAUUAAUGCUGAACCAUCAUCCGUUAAACCAGAGAAUUUUCGAGGACAAAAUUCAUUUGCGUGUAUGCAUAGCAGUAAGUACGAAGAAACCAACAAUAACCCAAAUAAAAUGAUAAUCGAAAAGCUGCAAAUAUUAUUGGAUCACUAUACUCGAAUGAAAGAUGAAUGGAGAAUGAUCAGUUAUCGCAAAGCUAUUUCUGCCAUUAAGAAACGUACAAAACCAAUUACCUCGUACGAAGAGGCUAGAAAAAUUUCCGGAAUAGGAACACGCACUGCAGAAAAGAUUGCAGAGAUAAUUGAUACCGGAAACUUAAGGAGAAUAAACCAUUUCUCGGAAGGUGAAAACAUAAUCAAAAAAUUCAGUUUUGUUUAUGGUGUUGGAUCAUCAGUAGCGAUGAAGUGGUACGCAAAAGGGUAUAGGACUUUUGAGGACGAUUUACAAAAACGAAUUCCCAGAGAAGAAGUACAAAAAAUUUCGGAUUGGGUAAAAAGUGCAGCACUUUCUAUUGAUUACAAGCUUGAAUGUAUCACAACCGGAUCUUUUAGACGAGGAAGACCAGACUGUGGAGAUAUUGAUAUAAUGAUCACAAGGAAUGAUUCUGAUGGAAAGAAUCAUCUUGGUGUUUUAACCAAAUUGGUUGAAAUCUUAAGUAAUCAAGGAUUCUUAACACAUGAAUUAACACGUCAUGAUGGAGAUAGUCUUUCUGCAAAAUUCAUGGGAAUUUGUAAACUGCCCGAAGGAAUACAUAGACGUUUAGAUUUAUUUACGGUACCUUAUAAUGAAAUAGGUGCCGCAUUACUUUCAUACACUGGUAAUGAUAUAUUCAAUAGAAGUAUGAGAUUGAUGGCCAGAAAAAGGAAAAUGUGUCUAAAUCAACAUGGAUUAUAUAUGAAUGUUUCGCGUGGAUAUGGUGGAGUCAAAUAUAAUGAAGGAAGAUUACUUGCUCAAAAAACAGAACAGGAAAUCUUUGACGCAUUAGGAGUUCCAUGGCGGUAA